CCCGAGCAUGACGGCCACGGCCGCCGAGCCCUCCCGCGCCGCCCGGCUGCUGUCCGCGCUGCUCUACGGCGCCUGCUCGCUGCUGCUGGUGCUGCUCAACAAGACGCUGCUGACCGCCUACGGCAGCCCCAGAGAAUGAGUGGGAGCCAAGAAGGCCUGAGCGUGGAUGAAUGGCGUGAGGUGAUGGCUGUCCCUUUCCGUGUGGUGUGAGCUUCCCUUCACCGAUUGUUCUCGGAAUUGGACAGAUGGCAGCCACCAUCAUGAUCCUGUAUGUAGCCAAGCUAAAUAAAAUCAUUCACUUUCCUGACUUUGACAAGAAAAUUCCUGUAAAGCUGUUUCCUCUACCCCUCCUCUAUGUUGGGAACCACUUAAGUGGAUUAUCAAGCACCAGUAAAUUAAGGGUUAUAUCUGAGAAGACUGACCCAAGCCUGCCGAUGUUCACCGUGCUCAGGAAGUUUACCAUCCCGCUCACUCUGCUCCUGGAGACUGUCAUACUCGGGAAGCAGCACUCCCUGGGCAUCGUGGUCAGCGUCUUCGCCAUUGUCCUCGGUGCUGUGGUGGCAGCUGGUUCCGACCUUGCCUUUAACUUGGAAGGUUAUGUGUUUGUAUUCCUGAAUGACGUCUUCACAGCGGCAAAUGGAGUUUACACCAAACAGAAGAUGGACCCCAAGGAGCUGGGGAAGUAUGGGGUGCUCUUCUACAAUGCCUGCUUCAUGAUCAUCCCCACUUUUCUCAUCAGUGUCUCCACCGGAGACCUCCGGCAGGCGACUGAAUUCAACCAGUGGAAGAAUGUCCUAUUUAUUAUGCAGUUCCUUCUUUCCUGUUUUAUGGGGUUCCUGCUGAUGUUCGCCACGGUGCUGUGCAGCCACUACAACUCAGCGCUGACCACGGCCGUGGUGGGAGCUGUCAAGAAUGUGUCUGUUGCGUACAUUGGGAUGUUAGUUGGUGGAGACUACAUUUUCUCUGUAUUAAACUUUGUAGGAUUAAAUAUUUGCAUGGCUGGAGGCCUGAGAUACUCCUUCUUAACCCUGGGCAGCCAAUUAAAACCUAACCCUGCUGAAGAGGAAAACGAAAGCCUCCCUGGGGACGCGAAGAGUUAGGUGUGGGGGCAGGACUGCAGACUGACUUGCAGACCGGCUUGGGCAGGCGUUCGAGGCUGGGUUGCACAGCCAGAGUGGGGGACCCUCACCACCCUGGUUAUAGCACAGAUGGUGACCACCAUCUCAGGGCAUGGUGAGUGGCAGGGACCUGAGGAAGGCCCUGAUGCAGAGCCUGGCGGCCAGAAGGAAGCAGCCCUGGGGGCGGAAGGAGAGGACGGGGUCCUGCUCACCCUGUACCCCACUUCACUGCCAUGCUCGAUCCCGACUCCUCCCCCGGCCCCUAGUCCCAUGACCACCACGGCAGGGUGCUACAGGAACAGCUUUAUUGCCUUCAACAAACAUCUGUUUAAUAAAAUCAGUCCGUCAAUCAGCAGAACGGUUGUUAGCUUUGGUGUGAGUCAUACUGGCAUCACUCCCUAAUGAUCUGGGUGAAAUAAAAUCAUUUCUAUAAACCCCUCA